UAAGCGGUGUAUUAAUUUCUACUUGUUGCAUUCAUUUGCCCUGAAAUAUACUGCGGUUUGUGUUAACGAACGCUCUCUAUUUCCUCGUGAAAAGAAAAUUUAAUCAAACUUUCUUCAUUAUCCUUUGAGGACGGAUCAGUGAAAUAUUUCAGGUUUAGCAGUGAUUUUCUGCUGGAUUAACGACUUAAUUCACCACGGAUACCCCACGGGAGGAUCGGCGAGGGGAGGGGGACAUGACCCUCACGUCAUACCCCUCCUCUUGGAGUCUCACCUCUCAAUCCCCACUCAUAAAUAAGAAACGUCUCACUCGUUCGGAUUCCGCCGGAUCACUCCCGGAUAACAUAUUGGACAAAAGAGACGCCAAAGGUCGGACCACAUUUUUCAACGCCACAAAGGUCGGUGAUCUUGAGGAGGCGAAACGUUUGUUUAGCGCGGGGUCAGAUGUCAACAAAGGGGAUAUCUACAGGAUCACUCCGCUCCAUGAGGCCGUAGAGAGGUCAAACCUAGAGGUCGUCGAGUUUCUGAUCGCAAAAGGGUGUGAUUUGAAUGCAAAAACAAUUCUGGGACAGACACCUUUGAUGCGAGCCGUACUGUACGAUGACAUUGACCUUGUCAAAUACCUUCACAAAGCAGGUGCAAAGUUGGACGAAAGAGAUUGCACUGGUAAAACUGCGUUACUCUUAGGAAUUCAAGAAAACAGAAACGAAGCCUGUGCAUAUUUAAUCAGAGCUGGAUGUGACGUAAACAUUCACAAUCGUUUGGGACACACGGCCAUGUUGAUAGCUUUGAGGGGAAAUAAAGCGCCAAAUUAUUACAUAGGAAGAAAACUUGUAAAACAUGGCUAUGACCUGAAAAAAGACGAGAAAUGGAUUACACAAGAGGAACUAGAAGCCGUGAAUGUAAAACCUAACGUGGUGGACAAGAUCUGUUCUAAGUUAGGGAUAACGCUGAAACGGAGUUCGUCCAGCGCCGGGAAAAAGGACCAGAACACCUCGAACUAACGCUAAAAAAAUAAACAAAUCAUCCACACAACCACAAAAUAAACAAAUCAUCCACACAAACAAAAUAAACAAAUCAUCCACACAAACAAAAUAAUCAAAUCAUCCACACAAACAAAAUAAUCAAAUCAUCCACACAAACAAAAUAAACAAAUCAUCCACACAAACAAAAUAAAUAAUAUACACAAACAAAAUAAUCAAAUCAUCCACACAAACAAAAUAAUCAAAUCAUCCACACAAACAAAAUAAUCAAAUCAUCCACACAAACAAAAUAUUUAAAUCAUCCACACAACGGAGACGCAAAGGCAAUAGGUUAAAAGGAACAGGAUAUCAUUGCUUUGACAUAGAUUUCACUUGCUUUAUGGAUGUUUUUGCUGGUGAAAAGAACCCAGAUUUUGAAGCACUGUCGUGAUGAUAUUUACGAGAAAAUACGAGUUAUAAACCAGAGAUAAUAUUGUGACAAAUCACCAUAGCAUUCAUUUAACUGUGUUACUAUAUAACACUCCAUUUGCUACAUAGCAAUAGCCAUUUUUGACUUGUUGACUUCAUAUUUAACUGUUAAUGUACUUCGGAGAUGCUAUUAAAGGAAUUUUCUACA